CCGUCCGUCGCCAAUUCGGCGCAUUCUUUGGUGCCGCCGCAUUCCGCAAAUCCUUUAAUCAUUCGUGACGAUUCGCACUUGACAGUUCCAUUGACAUCGGGUUCCACUUCACCAGUAGAGUCGAGUCGCUCGGCCGCUGGAUCCCCUGGUCCUCGUAUCCCCAAAAGGGACCGCAGCGUCGACCCCAAUCCGCCUCUGGCCAAGUACCGUGGCACUGGGGAUUCUUCCACCUCGUCCCCCGAGAAUCGAAAAGCCGAGAGUAGCAUCUACUACACCACCGCCUGGGGUUCUCCGUAUGCUGCACCAAGCCCUCGGAGGCUCUCGUGGUCAUUGAGUCAGUACGGCGUCGUCGAUCGUGGUUCUGGAGCCAGCUCUCCAGGCUCGAUGCACAGUGGUCUCCCCCACGACUCGGAAGUGAACAAUAACGAUUCCCUGAGGCCCCCCGCCUUCGAAGGCUCGACGAGACAGCCGCAUAGUGGCACCCUCAAUCGUUCCUCGGGACGCGGCGACUUUUUUGGCAGAAAGGGAGGGAAGUCGAUCAAGGAUUUUACACAGGAUUGGAUAAAUCAGUACCUCUCGGGUCAGCCUAGGACGGAGCGCAGUAACUGGCUGAGCGACGACUCCGGCAGCGAAGCGCCCUCGUUCUUCACGGCACCGAAUAAUUUCGCCGAGGACGCGUCGGACGACUGGCUUGCGCUAGAGCAAGACACGCGCGACGAGGACCUCCUCAAAACCCCGACGCUCUCGGACUUUGUAGGUCGACGAUCGGCGGCUCGUAACGGCGAAGGAGCUUCUUCGCGUCCACGGGCAAAAGAGCAUACUCACAAGAGAGCCGAUACGCUGCGACAGGAGGAUUUCUGGGGAUUUGCUUACGAUCAAGACCCUCAACCGAUCACCAUGUCUGACGCAAAGGACGCCCAGUCUCCCACUGAACAGGAGCCGGGCAAGGCACCCGCGCGGGCUGAGAAGCCGUUGCCGCCUCCUCCCGCCGACGACUCCCAGGAGACGUCGACAUCCAACAGCGCCCCGCCCCCUGAACCUAAACCGAUGAAGACGCCGGAGAAGAGCACGACUCCGAGACCGAGGAAAAAGAUCCUCUGGCGGGGCAAGGCAUGCAUCAUUGCCCUCCCAAUGGAAGACAAGAGAGGCUCAGAAGAAUCCGGAUACCGGCUCAUGUCGGUGAAGGACGUGGACGAAAAAAUGAAACAGUGGGAAGCGGAAGGGUACGAUACUCGUGGGUUCAGUGUUUGCGCACCGGAGGACCCCGCAGAUACCGAGUUGGGCGGUAAUAGUCGGCCAACGUUCCCCGACCAGAUCGAGACCUACGAUGACUACAAAGCAGGGAACUACGGUGUGAAGAUUCCGAACAAGCACGAGUGGGAUUCCUACGUCAAUUUCCUCCAGGAGGAAAAGCUGCGAGCCCUGGGUGUGCUGUCUCCGGCGGAGGAGCCACCGCCGUCCAUUUCGCCUGCGUCGGCCGCGAUGGGCCAGGUUGCCCCCUUCCCCGGUCUUGUUUCUUCACCACCCAUCCCAACGGCGUCGGCAGCCAGUAACCCGAUGUCUGUCCCUCAUCCGUUCUCGCCCCAUUUCAACCAAUCAGAAAACCCGAACAACGGCAUCCCUUCGUUGGCCUCCCCCGCCUCGCAGUUCGGCGUGCAGACGCCAUUCAUGGGCGUCGAGCAUCAACAUAUGCUGCCCGGCUUCCACAUGCCCUUCCAGCCGACGCCUCCGACGCAGGGAACUCUCACGCCCCAGAGCUUCUUCAACGCCAGGAACGUCAGCGGCACGUCCACCAUGGGUGGAGGUAUUCCCAAUUUGACGUCCAUGUUGUCUCCGGUAUCUCCACUGCAUGAACAGAAUGGGUUCCACCCCGGCCUGAACGAUCAGCACUCGUCCAUGAAGGACGCUUUUGGUAACCCUAUGGUCCAUGAUAUGCAGGAUCACAUGAUGGAUGGUCAACUACUGCGACCUGUUCACACUCCUACCGAAGAUGACAAUUUCCAUGCCUCGACGGUUGAGAUCGCCCAGCCCACGCCUCGCGGCCACAGCCGAGGCCACAACCUGAGCGAGACGCUUCAAAAGGGGCUGGACCAGAUGGGUCCGUCUGAUUACCAUCUGGAAGAAUCGAUCAAGCGACAGCUCGAGGAGGGCGACCGUGAGCCGGCUCACAACUUUGAAGGCCCUGGGCUGAUGAACUCUCGGUGGGCUAUGCCAGAGGACCAGAACCGUAACCUCCACCACCUUCCCCAGCAUGUGCAACAAUUUUACAACGGCAGCUACCCUGCAGAGAACGCUCACGAGGGCUCCGACAUCGACACCAACCCAAGUCUGUCUGGAACACCUCAUGUACACGGUGCGCUCCCGAACCAUCUGCCUUGGCAUCAAUCCAAGCCCAGUGGCGGGUCCUACGGUGUUGGGCACCGUUCCAAGCUCUCGGCGUCGACUCUCAAUGUCGACGCGAAAGAGUUCGACCCCUCGGCCUCGAUGUCGUUCCAAGGGAACGCUGCCGAUAACCCCGUGUUUACUUUCGGUUCGGGAGCCGGCUUCCAACCUCCAUCGGGCACAUAUGGUAUGGAAGGUCCUUUCACCCCCGGCAGUGCGAGGAACAGUAACGCGGGCCACGCGUCUGGUGAAUUUAAGUUCUCUCCCGCUUCUUUCAACGUCGGGGCCGCUGCAUUCAACCCGGCUGCUAGUGUCCAUUCUGCGUCCUCCAAGCACGCAUCGCCCGGAAGGGCUAACAUCUUCGGUGACAUUGAUCUCUCGGAGAUAUCCAAGCCUGCGAAGAAAUCCAAGGCCAUCCCCAUCGUGCGCCCAGACAGCGUGCAAGAGAAGAAAGAAGAAGAAGAAAAGGCAGAGGAUGAUAACAACGGCACUACUUCUGCUGAUCGUCACAAGCGAGUUCGUCGUGGUGUUGAGUUCUCUGACAAGGAGGCUAAGUUCAGUAUCUCAGAUAACGCUUUGGCAGAGAAACUCAACCUUCAGUCAGCCCAGCCCUCGAAGCUGUCCUUGUCCGCUGCGGGCAAAGAGAAUACAUCCCCCGAGAAAGGAGAUGCUAAGCCAAGCUCGAAGAUUGAGAAACUCGAUGAGCGCAAGGACACACCUGUCAGCGAGGCGUCCACUUGGGCACCCGACGGCAAGGAAGAACCUAAACAAGACGGAGAGCAAGGAAAGGAGCAAAAGAAGACGCCUGAGGCCGAGCCGAUUUCGGCCCAGAAACAGUCCGCCGAGCAACCCAAGACACAAGAUGUCCCCGCCGAGAAACCCGCCGAGAAGCCCGCCGAGAGGGGAUCUAUCUUCUCCCGUUUGGGCAAGAGGUUCACGUUCAAGCCAUCUGUGGCUGAGUUCGUUCCCUCUGCCGCUAAGCUACAAUCUCCUUCGCCUCAACCUACUCCUGCACCCAAGGAACCAGAGCCUACGCCCCAGCCAGCUGCCGAGAAGAAGAAUGAUCUCAUGGCCUCGCGUUACGCUGAACCCGCUCCCCCAGCUGAGCCGCAGAGCAAACUGGCCUCUGCGGAGACCGAAGACCCGGAGAUCAUGGCAAAGGCCCUGUCAGCUGCAAUCGCCAGACAAGAUGAUUCGGACCAGGGUUCCCCUGACGAGGAGGAGCUGAACGCGAUCAUGGAACAGCUCAACGGCGAUUCCGACGUUGGUGUUGAAAGGAUAAGUACACCGCAUCAUGUCUAUCGCUCUCAUCACGAGUCUGCCGUCGCGCCGUCCAAAGAAAAGCGCCACGCCCCUGUCGAGAUCAGGAGCGAGGCCCCUAGUCCUAGCCCAGGGCGUGGACCUAUGCCCCAUGCUCUGGACAUGCCCAAACUCGACUUCGACGCUCAGUCGCAGAUGGCGGUCACUCCUUCGAAGGGCUUCGCUUCCGGUAUGCACUCACCGAUCCGGAAGCUGGUGAACCCGAACGACGACCAUAUCAGCGAUUGGGAUGACGUGAUCACGUCUGGCGAGGAAGGAAAGCUGAUGAAUAGAAGCCGGUUCUUUGAUCGUCGAAUCAACGACCUCGUCGGAUCUGCGGUCGAAGAGCGAUUGUCUCCUCUCGAACGCGCACUGGGUGUCAUCCAGCAGUCAAUGGCGGCUAUUGCCUCUGGCGACCCGAGUAAACUUGGCUGGAGCACUUCGGCUGAUGCCGAGAGCGAUGCCGAUGACGAGGACGAGGAGCUUGAAGAGAACGCUUCGUUCAGGGCACGAUCACCUGUGCGACAGAGGACUCGCAAGCUUGAUCAGCUGAAGAGCGUUAUCCUGGAGGCUAUGGCCGCCCGGGAACUCCCCGCGGAACCAGAAAGAGAAGAGGUUUCUGAAAUUGCUCAGCUUCGCGACAGCAUCGCUGAGUUGCAGACCAUGACCAUCCAAAAGCUUUCGCAGAAUCCGACCGCGGAUCUGCGGGACAUGAUGGAAGAUGUUGUCUCCGCCCAGCUGGCGCAGCAGCAGGCCCGUCCCUCCGAUGCUGAUGAGAUCGGCGCCGACAGCCUCAUGCUCCAAAUCGAUGGCCUGAAGGGCAUGCUGCGGAUCACUGACGAGAGGGCUGAGCAAGAGUACAAGCUGCGGCGGGAAGCUCAGGACUCUUUGGCAGAGCUGCAGCGGCUCUUGAAGGUUGCUGAGGAAGAUGCCGCUCGUCACAGCGAGGCUGCAGAGUCUGCAGAGGCUCGUCUGCUUCAGUUCAAGGAGGAGAAGAUUCCUUACUUCGAGAAAGUCCAAUUCAGGACCGACUCUCUGGAGCAGGAUCACGCCACCCUCAAACUUACCCUUGCGGAAGUGUCUUCGAAGAAUAUCCACCUGGAGGGCACCUUGGACGAGUACCGGGUUACCAGCGACAAUUGGAAGCGGCAGGGCGAGCGGGCCAACGCCGAAUUGGAAGUAGUCAGGAAGGAAAAUAAGAAGCUUACUGGCCACAUCGACCAUAUGAAGACACGGAUCGAGGAUGGCAUUAACACCAGGAAGAACCUGUCGGAGAAGCUGGACCAUAUCCAGGAGGAAAUGGCCCAUGUGACCUGCGAGAUCACCCGCGACCAGGUCAAUUGGCGGAAACGCGAAGAGCAGCUCAAUUCCAAGUACAACGAUAUGAACGCUGCUUACAACAGAGAGGUCAAGCUGCGUGAGAAGCUUGAAAACGAUGUCAGCGAGCUUGAGCAGCAGGACCGUGAGGCUGCUAAGCUCAAAUUCAUCUUCGGGCAGUCCCAACAGGAGAACGCGAGACUGGAAGAGCUGGUUGCCAACUUGCGAAUCGAGAAUCAUGAGCUCGAGGUCAAGGCGGCUCGCUUUGAGCGUGAGUUCAAUGACGCGCGUGAGAGCAGUCGGAUGGAGAUCCAGCGUACUAGGACCUCGAUGGAGGCCGAUCUCGAGGCCGCAAACAGCCAGGUCAACAUUGUCCGGGCUGAACUUGAGGCACAGUACCUCCGUCUCCAGAGCCAGCUUGAUAGCUUCCGACUCGACAGCGACACGGCACGGGAGCGCUACGAAAUGCUGCUGGAAGAGGCCAACGAAACAAAGGUCUCCUCCAUCGCCGCUGUUGUCGAGUCGAAGGAGAUCGCCAUGGAGGACCAGCGGAAGCUUCACGAACGCACUCUCAAUGACCUCCGGGAACGCCACGCUCGCGCACUGCAUAACUCGUCCGAGGACAAGCAGCGCGGAGAAUCCCAUCUCAUGGAGCGGUUGGCGCUGUCCGACGAGAGAGCGCAGCAUCUGCAGGACCGCGUUCGCCAUCUCGAAGAGAAGGUUGAAAUCGCCCAGUCCGCAGCUCGCGCAGCGGCUGAAGCCGCCCAGAAGGGCAAAGCCACCAGCGCCAUUCCGUCUCUACAUGCAGGCUCCCCGUCGCUGUCCUUUGACAAGGAUUCCCACGCUCCGGAGAAGAUCUCGCCGCAGGCUCUCCGUGAGUCGAUCCUUGUUCUCCAGGACCAGCUGCAGCAGCGCGAGUCUCGCAUCGAAGAGCUGGAGCAGGAGGUCUCUACUUUCGACAAGGACGCACCAAAUACGGUCCGCGAGAAAGACACUGAGAUCAACUGGCUGCGUGAGCUUCUCGGAGUUCGCAUCGACGACCUUGAGGAUAUCAUCAAGACCGUGUCACAGCCUUCUUUCGAUAAUAACGCUGUCCGCGACGCUGCCAUCCGCCUGAGAGCGAACCUCCAGAUGCAGCAGCAAGAGAAGGAGCGAGCCUCCCCGGGACAAAGCUUCCCAAGUCUCCGUUCUCUCACCGAGCUGACUUCGUCGCCGCGAUCUCUGCCUCUCGCCGCCGCCGCCGCGUGGGGUAACUGGCGCAAGGGACGGGACAGUCAACAGCAGUCCAACCCCCCAGAGCAGACGCCAUCCAAAACGAGCAAUGCCAGCGCGUUCCUCUCCGGACUUCUAACGCCCCCGAGCUCGCACGUCCGCCGAACCCCCCUCAACGCCAGUGCUCCCCCACCAUGGCGGCGUACAUCCGACAGCGGAGCUGCUCACAACGUGGACACGACCCCCAGACCACUUUCUUCACGAAGUGGCGCCGGGAACCGCGAGCCACCGCAGACCCCGCCUUUCCUCCGCCAAUCCAGCUAUGACCACGACGCCGAGCCCACCGUCGACUACGGCGAAAGCUCCCUGGAGGAAGAGGAGAACGAGGAGAUCGAAAGCACCGUCGACGGCCUCGUCUCUGCGUCUCCCAAGGAUGCGAGAGACGACGGACCGUUUGGACCGCAAAUAGCAUUCCCGCCGCCGUCUUCACCAUAG